AUAACCUGGGCAGAUCCAACAACCACCAACGAAAACGAAGCAUGGCGCAUGCAAGGAUGAACUCCGCAAACGCCUUGAGUGCCAACACGAUCCGACUAUCCAAAUCCGCGGGUGUAGAGGAAUCGUUAAAGACGUAUAGGACGCUGGAGGCUUUGCGCUCAGGUGAUGCACAGGCAAUUGAUCGUGCGCUGCAACAAUACUUGGCAGACACGGCUCAGAGCAAUGACGGGCCACGAGCAUCCACUGGAUCGCGGACGAGCUCGGAUAUCUCUACGCCUCUUCACCUUGCUGUACAAUGUGCGUCUCACCAAGUCGUUGAACACAUUAUCUUAAAGAACAUCGUCGACAUUAACACGCAGGACAAGGAUGGGAAUACAGCGCUUCACCUUGCGGCGGCGUUGGCUCGUGAUGACGUGGUUCAGCUUUUGAUGCAGCAGAGUAAUGUCAAUGACACGAUCCCGAACAAUGAUGGCAAGCAGCCAUUCCAGGUUGCUACUACGCCUGAAUUGGCGGAUACGAUGCAGUUGUCGCGUGCUCAGUACACCGACUUCGUCAGCAACCGCUUCAAGCAGUUGGUCCAGGCCGGUGAUCUUCAAGGUGUGGAGCAAUUGUUCACAAACCCUCGCGCAGUGAGUCUAUGCGAAGUCAGUCGUCAAGAUCCUGAAACUGGAUCAACCCUUCUUCACGAUGCCGCCAAGGCCAAAAACCUGGAGCUCGUUCAGUUCCUCCUGGACCGCGGCGCAGACCCCUUCCGUCGUGACAAGAAAGGCAAACUCCCAUGGGAAGUCACAAAAGACGACAAAAUCAAGCACGUUCUAAAGCGCUCCCCAGCCGCCCAAAGCGUCGUGACCACAACCCCCGGCGAACCCAUAAAAAUGGCCGGCUACCUGAAGAAAUGGACAAACUACACGACAGGUUAUAAACUCCGCUGGUUUGUCCUCGAAAACGACGUACUAUCCUACUACAAGAACCAAGACGACGCGCAGCGAUCGUGUAGGGGUUCGAUCCAUAUGAAGUACGCGAGCUUGAAUCUGGAUAAGCAGGAUAAGCAACGUUUUGAGAUUACGGGGAAGGGUAGUGUGAGGUAUCACUUAAGGGCGAAUCAUCCGGUUGAGGCCAAUCGGUGGGCUUGGGCGUUGACUGCGGCGAUUCAGCAUGCGAAGGAUAGUAGUCGGAGGGCUGGGGGUGGUGCUGGUGAUGCACCACCGUCGCCUCUCCCGGGAUUGAUUCAAUCGGAGAUCAAUGAUGCUUCGUCGGGUGAUUUGCGUCGUACGGCGAGUUUGACGUCUAUGGCGCUCUCGGAGGCGGAUUCGCUUGCGGGAUCUGAGCCUGAGUCUGUCAUUGAGCCGUACAAAGACACGUUCGGCACGACAGCGAACUACGCUCGCGCGCAGCUCUCUGUUCUUGGUCAAGUCGCUGACAGCUUGAUGCAUGAGCGCGAACUCCGGGUCCAACAGGGAACUCAAGCCCCGCCCUCCCCGCAGAUGUCCAACGCCCUCCAAAGCUUCCGCGACGCCCUCGCCGGCGUCCAACGCACCGUCGAAGAAGUCCUUAACAUGAGCGCUGAACGCGACCAAUUCUGGCGCUACAAACUCGCCCGCGAGAAUGAUAUCAUGCGUCUUUGGGAAGAGAACAUGCGUGCGUUGGCGGUGGAGCAGGAACAGUUGCAGGAGGAGUUCCAUAACGUCAAUGUGGAGAGGAGGAAGACGAAGAAGGCGCUGAGGGAGGCACAUGCGCAGCUGUCUAUCUCGUCGCCGUCGGCGGAGGAGACCACGUUUGCGGAGUCGUUUGGAGGGGUUGAAAUUACUGACAGGGAUCAGAGUGUGGUGCAGUCAAUGGCGCGUAUCCCCACGAUCCCGGCCGACGAGGACGAUGAUGAGGAUGAGUUCUUCGAUGCUAUCGCUGGCGGUGAGAUACAGGCUGAGCCGCUUCCGCCUGUCGUACAGCAGCCUGUACAGCAGGAGGUCUAUCGUGCUCCGUCGACCUAUCAGGCAACUCAAGUAGCUGCUCCCCCGCAGAUACAGGUGAGCGCUAUUGCUGCUGCUGCGCCUGUCGUUCCCGCUGUUGAGAAACAGGUUCAUGCUCCUGUCGAGGAGGACGAGCCUGAUGCGCUCACGAAGUCCUACCACGGAUACGAAGAGGGCACCCGACAGAAACUGGCGAUGGACGACGAUAACCGUCCAAAAAUCUCGCUUUGGGGUAUUCUCAAGAGUAUGAUUGGAAAGGAUAUGACCAAGAUGACCUUGCCUGUUUCUUUCAAUGAGCCGACGUCGUUGUUGCAGCGUGUUGCUGAGGAUAUGGAGUAUGCUGAUCUCUUGGAUACUGCUGCCACGCGUACGGAGUCUACUGAGCGUUUGUUGUAUGUCGCAGCCUUUGCUGCUAGUGAGUACUGCUCUACCACGAACCGUAUCGCUAAGCCAUUCAACCCGUUGUUGGGUGAGACUUACGAGUAUGUUCGUCCCGAUAAGCAGUACCGCUUUGUCGUUGAGCAGGUUAGUCAUCACCCACCUGUCGGUGCUGCGAUCGCUCAGUCGCCGAAAUGGGAUUACUGGGGUGAGUCAGCGGUGAAAUCGAAGUUCACCGGAAAGUCUUUCGACAUCAACCCGCUUGGUACUUGGUUCUGUCGUAUCCGUGCGCCUAGUGGCAAAGAUGAGUUGUACACAUGGAAGAAGGUGAAUACCUCCGUCGUUGGCAUCAUUACUGGAUCGCCUACUGUCGACAACUACGGUGAGAUGAUUGUCAAAAACCACACUACGGGAGACGUGUGUACGCUCGACUUCAAGCAGAGGGGAUGGAGGGGUGGAGGUGCGUACGAGGUGAAGGGAACUGUUGCCGAUGCUCAAGGUUCCCCAAGAUGGUCUGUUGCUGGCCACUGGAACGAUAAGAUCUAUGCAAGGAAGCUUGAUGGAAAGGCAUCUAUUUUACCCGAGGCUGGCAAUGCCAGCACAUUCCUAAUCUGGCAGGCACACCCUCGCCCACCUGCGCCGUUCAACUUGACGCCUUUUGCUAUCACGCUCAAUGCGCCUCAGAAGUCACUUGUUCCUUGGUUGCCACCGACUGAUACCCGCUUGCGUCCCGACCAGCGCGCAAUGGAGGAGGGUCAGUACGAUGCCGCGGCAACCGAGAAGAACCGUGUCGAAGAGAAACAACGUGCAGCAAGACGUGAUCUCGAAGCUCGUGGUCAGCACUGGGAACCCAGAUGGUUCAAGCAGUCCGUCGAUAAGGUCACUGGUGAGACCUUCUGGGAGUACAGGACUGAUGCAGAAGUUGGUGGUGGAUAUUGGGAUGUUAGGGAGAAGAGGGCUUGGCAGGGAUUCAGCCCUGAUAUUUUCUGAGUGGAAUG